GUCAAAGGAAGCCCAACCCAGUGAUUGUUAGCGCUAGCUAACUUGACACAUACAAGAAGAGGUGAAGUUACAAAGCCUCAGACCAUAACAAGACUUUACAGCCAGUCGCGGACAACGUAGCUUUCUUAUGAAUGGAACCCACUCCAUCUCUCCGAGUGUGUUUCGAGUGAAAUGCCUUUUAAACCAGAAGGUCUGUCGUUUAUCUGAAAUCAAAGCGCUGUUGGAAAACACGGUCUGUCCAUGCAUAUCAACAUGUACUAUCUAGUAUUAACUAACAAGGGGAAGCUCUAGUAGCUGGAGGAGGAUUGCCUGCCCUAACUAUUCCUCCUCCUUCUGGCCCACUCGGGAUCAAUGACUGGACCCAACUCCCCAAGCCGGACUGGCACUUCCCCAGCCAAGCUAAGCAGGCAUGGCCGGUCCAAGAGUACCAGCUCACACUGCCUCCUCCGCUGCAGCACUCAGGAGGACUCCUCUGCGUCUCAUCCCAACAACAGUUCCCAGUCCCCCGAGGAGGAAGAGGAGAAGGAUGGAGGGGUACUUUUCUAUGUUAAUCGGAACGGUUUUCCCAUUGAGAGUGUCACAUGGGAGAGGAUGUGGUCCCAUGUGGCUGUUGUGCACCCAGAGGGACAGGAGAUGGUGGACAGGAUACGAAACGCAGCAUACCUUCCCAAACAUCCCGUUCCCUCAAUUCCAACCUUCAGACCUUCCAUGUCUGUCCCGGACUGGCUGGUGGCUGUCCAGAACUACAUGAAGACUCUUCAAUACAACCACACUGGGACCCAGUUCUUUGAAAUCAAGAAGAGCCGUCCACUGUGUGGGUUAAUGGAGACAGCAAGAGAGAUGAUCAGAGAGUCUUUACCAAUCAAAUGUCUGGAAGCCGUCAUCUUGGGAAUCUACCUGACCAACGGGCUGACCUCUCUCGAGCGUUUCCCCAUCAGCUUUAAGACCCAAUUUUCAGGUCACUGCUUUCACCAUGUGGUGCUGGGUGUCUACUCCAACGGCCGCUACGGAUCGCUUGGCAUGAGCCGGCGCCAGGACCUGAUGGACAAACCACUGACUCACCGCACGCUGGGAGAACUGGUGGCCGAAUUUGAGAGUUCUUACAAGAGAUACCAGCACACUUUAAAGAAGGUGAAGAUUGGCCUGUAUGUGCCUCACGACCCCCACGUCUUCCAACCAAUCGAGUGGAAGCAUUUGGUGCUGAAUGCGGCCCGACUGGGAGCUCAGGAGAUGAGGAAGGAGCUGGAGAAACACGGCCGCGACAUGAGGAUGAAGAUCCUGAAAUCGUCCAGUGCCCAGUCACCAAUUAAGGAGCGCAGCCGAGGGAAGUCCUUGUCACCUCGACGACGACAGAGCAGCCCUCAGCGACGCUUCACACAUCGCAGAGACAAAUCACCCGCCUCGGUAGAGAGGAAACCUCCAGAGCUCAGCACCCUCAGCGACGGCUACCAGAUCCGCAUCUGAUCCCCCUCCUUCGCCUCCAAGACUUCUCCUCAGCCAGCCCAGUCCCAGAGUCUCUCCCCGUCACCAGCAGAGUCACCGCGGCUGCACCGUAGGACGUUUCACGGGCGUGGACGGUGAAAACACACAUUACAGAAGUCUGAAGCACAAACUGAAAAGCAUCUGAUGUUGAUAUUUAAAAGUGGACAGUGUUUACUUUUUGUUAGCAGUGAAUUUUUCUUUUUUUAGGACACAAACACAAAGUUUUGCAGCAGAAAACACAAGAAUACGAUCAUCUCUGGAUUGUUACCGUGUGAUCUGAUAACACUUCUGUAGCACAAUUUUAGCCGAUGUAACAGGUCAGGGGUGAAAGUGGCGACAACUUUACAGUUUUAACUGUUUUACUGUCAGUUUUCUAACAACGCCGUUGCACAGAGAGGAAGUUUUCACCCCCACACAAGAACUUAAUCAAUGGCCUCAUUUUUAAGAUGAAAGGUUGUCGUCUGACAGCUGGUCAGUCAGUAUUUUAUAUACGCUGCGAACAAUCCUAGUCGUACAUCCCUCACCAGAAGCUUCCUCUGAUGCAGCAGUUUGAUAUGAUGGCUCGGUAGAUUUGCAUGGACGAGUUCAGAAUAAGGAGAGCGAGCUCAAUAAAGUUCGCAGGGAAAUAAAUGAUGCAGAGUCAGUAGAGAGGGAAGCGGUAGAAAGAGGAUUAGUUCGGAUGGAGAGAAGUGAGAGUGAUACAAAGACGGGAACGAUGUUGCAGCAUUCCCACCUGCUCCAUUCCCUCUUCUCCACCUCCUCUGUUUCCCUCCAAGAACAGCAGUAAGAUGUCAAGAAGAAAUUAAUUUUCAUGUCGAGUACCAAAUACUCUGACCUGAAAAGGCCUCAAUCAGCUGUUCUCACUGAAACUCCCAAAUUCUCCCAAACUGAGGUCCAAAUCCCAAAAGUCCCUAAAUUUGAUUCACUUUAAAAGGCCUGAAGAGGUGUUAGACCUCCGUUCUGCUCCGUUUCCAAGACGAAGUUAGCAGAAGGUCAGAUGAGUUGAUGUAUGAAGGAAAGCUCAGCUUAACUUUCACCGGUUCACACAGUUCCAGCCAGCCGGCUGCUGCCAUCCCAGCUGUUCCAGACAGCUGGAACGUUAAACGGAUCGGCCUCGGUCGGUUCGUCCACGCGCACGAGGAGCGAGGGCGGACUGUGAUGACUGAGCAACACUCAGUAACAAAGCCUUGUUGAGAGGGACGCAGCAGCCUGCCAGCAGGCCGGUGUGGCAGCCAAAUUACACAAAUGCACGUUAAAUGUUGAAGGUUGUAAAGUUCUAUGUGAAGAUAAGUGCCUUUCAUGGUUCACUGAUUAAAAUUAAAAGUUGUGAGUUAAAGUCAAAGGACACCGCGAAUAGAAGUCCCACGACUACCUUCUGAAUCGUUGUUUUUGCUCCGUGAAGCCAAGUGAUCUUUAAGAGUCUAUUCAGUACUGUAUGCACCGUUCCACACUCACGUGUGUGAUAUUUCAUACGGAUCAUCCAGAAAGGCCAGUCAGGUUUACAUCUGAGUGGAUUUUUGGAUCCUUCUGUUGAGGAGGCCUUUAAUGAAUCACAGCUAAGAAGCUUGAAAUUUAUCAUCACAUAUUUAAUAUUUGUCACACAUCAAAGCCAGACAUCAAAGUCCACUCGCCUCAUAUCAUAUAAAACAAGUAUACCCAACCCCUUUUUGUAGAUCUGCAUCCACUGAAUGUGUUUUCACUGACCCCAGACCAGCUCUGUACACAGAAUGACUGGCUGGAGGGGAAACCUGCAGACAUAAGGAACACUUAAAUAGAGUUACUCAGGAACAAAUGAGGAGUCUCCUGAUUUUUACUGCUUUAUAAGUAAUCCCUAAUCCAGAUUUAAACAGCAGAUAUAAACAUUUACUACAAAUUAACUCCAGAUUAGUGAAAGAUGACCUGGUGCUGCUUGAACUUCAUUCAAUGGAACAAAAGUGGUUUUAAAUGUUUAAAAAACUCAGCAUGUCUUCGUUUUCAUCUCGUCAAACAUCAGGAUUUCUGAAGUUUGUUUCAUGAUUGUCUUCUGACUUUUCUUUGAAUGUUUCCACCGUCCUCCGAGUCGCAGAUGAUGCCAGCUGAACACAUUUCAUCGUAGCUUUUGUUUUAACAAUAAGCUAUGCACAUGCUGUUACAGAGCAGCUCAGCAAAAACCCGUGAUCCCAGUUUUCCACACGUCUGACGUUGUCUCGAUCUACGCAAAAAGACGUCACAAGCUCCGAGAUCCAGCAGACUCGUCUACAGAGUCAAGGUGCCGAGACAUUUCUGAUCUUUAGAGCAGCAGGCCAGAGACGACCAAAGCAACCAGCUCCUCAGCUCAGAUUUCUACUGCAGGUUGUGUUUUAAUACUUCGUAAAGACGUUUGCUAGCGUAGAAGAAGCACAAAGCUGCUUAUUGAUUUGAGUCUGUUUUACACCAGUUUGGUGCAAACAGACAAAGAAACGCUGCGUUUCCUUCCUGAUGAAGAAACAUAUCUGUGUUCAAGUUGCAGACUGAUGCUGACUGAGAUUCAGCCGGUAAGUCGGGCCGACGUUUCCUUGAUGCAUGUGCAGCCAUAAAGUUAAACAUGGAAACUGCUGCUGUGGUGAUUUUUGUUUUCGGGGCGCCAGCCUGUGUUGUGUUCAUGUUUCACGUAGCAACCGGGAAGUUUGUACAGCCGCCUGAAAUCCAAACUUCUGUGCUUAAACAUUUCUUACUGAAUGUUUUUAUUUUGUUUUGUUUUUAGUAUCUGUUGAAGUAAAAUGUUUUGUUUUGGUUGAUUGUAUUUGGAUUUUGAAUGACAAGUCUUUGUUUCUGUCUCUGAACACCUUGCAGUUGUAGCCGGUGUUCGUUCUGAAGGCCUUUCAUUUGUUUAAGUGCUGAUCCCACGUUUUCAGCUCCAACCUUCCCCCAUCGUUAGUUUCUACACACCCGGUGCCACCCGGACCGUGCCAACCACUGCAGUUCUGUCACAUGUACUGUACAUUGUUCCACAUCCAGCUUUUUGUACGGCAACUUUAAGACAAACUGCUGGGCCCAAACAUGAGAAGACAAAGUUUAUAACUGUGUAAUAUCUUAGUUCUGUUAGCCGGUCUCUUGUCAGCGUUUGACCAAACCAGCUUCUCGUGAAAACGUUCUCACAGUUACAAACAAAGAAGUCAAAGCCAAGUUCAGAGGAGCGUGUACAGAUUAUUAAGUUAUUAGUUGGAAACCAGAAAGUAUCCAUGCAAAGUUUCCAGUGCCUCAGCAGUGUGUUGACCAUGAGGAAGGAGUCUCCCGUUCUUAGUGUGGGGAGAAAAAACAGCAAGUAUUCCCUUUUGUUUGGUCGACUGGUUCUGAUUUCCUGUUUCUGUUUGUCCCAAAAAUUCUGUAACAAAGAAAAAAAAAGUAUAUUUUCCUUAUUUUAUGCCUGUUUCUGGAAACAAAGGGAGAACCAGCCGUGAAUAAACUCUUCACUCCAACGUGAUGCAUGACGAGUAAAAACUGAAGGAACCGGUGACGGUCUGGUUCUAAAUAUGAUCCCACUGACUGGACUGAUCAGCCUGGAGGAAGGACUGUAACGUUCACACUGUUCAUGUGUUUACUGAUCUCCUCGUCAUCCACCUUUCCUGUGCACACACACACCAACACACACGCAGACCAUAUGGUUUAGUGUUCUUAUAGAUCAAUAGUAGUUAUUACUGCAACUCUCAAACUGUUACAGCAUCAAGUGAUGCAGCUGUUUUUAUCAACAUCUGUAGCAGCAUGUGUUCUUUUAAUAAACAAUCUGUUUUUU